GGUGAAGUCAUUGUGGUUGGUGCAAUGAUGGUGCUAAAACUUUGAAAACCAGUUCUCUAGUCUUAUCGAUAUUUGGUGGUAUUUUGUGACCUAUUCACAACAUCCAAUGGUUGGUCCGACAGACUGAGCUGCAUGGGGGAUGCCACCUAAAAAAAAAUCUUCCCUCCAGCAUCCUGUUGGUUGGGACUAGCACUGCUUAUACCUGUGGUUAAUAAACCUACUAGAUUCAGCUCAGAAAACCCAAACCCAUGCAGCUAUAUUUGCAACAUUACAUAGGCCUUUAGUUACAACUUCACCCCCUUUUCUGGUUGGUCAAUUUUUUACUUAAUAUUUCUUCCCUGUCACAGAGGAAUGGAAUGAGGGGAGGGCUGCAAAUUAACACAGCAUAUACUUGUAAAAUGCUUUAUACAAGUACCUUUGAAUAACACUGCACCCGCCCCAUUCUUUUUUUUUUUUUUUUUUGUAUCUGCAUGGUCUAUUUUGAAGAACCACUUUUAAAGGCAGUUGUGUUCAUAUUACACUGGCAGCUGUCUGUUUAUCCCCCUGUGUUUUGUUCAUACCAUAUUAACGCCUUGAUUAUGAAGUGUUUACUCCUAUGUUUUCCCAGCAGAUUUGAAGCGUUUAAAUUACCAGUAGCGGACUACGGGGGUGCGACAUAUAUUUAUACACAGUGUCAUGAUUGCCACCCAUGCAAAUCAGAAGCAGUGGCAUCGGAAGUGGACCGUACCAAAAGGCAGAGGGGGAACCUGAACCUAACUUGGCACUAGGUUUUAAAUUCUCCUCGUGACGCUUGAAAUAUUGACAUUGAAAAUUUGUUUGCAAUCACAUUUUACUUCUCCUUUUUUAAGAAUUAGGAAAUGGCCGUAGUUUCUCGGAGGCGGGUUAUAGUUUAGGUCUGUGUAAGGUACCCCUCCCCCUGGUGGUUUGUGUCGGAGCGUGUGGUCGCGGCUGUCAUCCUGGCUGACCGCUCGUUUUUUUCUGGGAGAGAAGAAGUUGGUGAAGAGGAGAUGUGAGUGCGAUGAUGCAGCUAAAGAGCGGGGAUGCAGCGUUUUACCACAGUGCAGAAUACUGCAGGAACUACACCUCACCGCCGGUCAGCUACGGUGGCAGCAGCCAUUAUCUCAGCCAACUGGCAGGUCCAGACAACAUGUUGAAGCCCCCUCUAAGUCUCUUUAGCCAUCAUCAGCAGCCUUUCCAACACCUGGACUCUCUACACCAGCUGGGACCUCCACAUGCUCUUGGUUCCCCACCUAUGGCGCCAGUUCAGGCAAUUGGACACCCAGCUAUGGCUCCCCCACAGACUCUGGGGCCUCCUCCUAUAAGUGCUCCUCACUCAUUAAGGCCUCCUCCCAUCACAUCUCCCCACAGUUUAGGUCCUCCUUCACUGACCCCAGCUCAGCCUCUCAGGCCCCCUCCAAUUCCACACACUUUUGGACCACCAUCUAUAGAUCUCAAACAAGCAGUAGUGCCUCCGAAUAUGGACCUCACACAGCCAUUGGGACCUCCACCCCUGACCCCUACACAGGCAUUGGUUCCUCCACCUGUAGUAACAUGUGGUGCUAGCCGAUUCCCUCUACCUUCCAGUCCUCUAUCAUCCCCACCUGUUCCGAUGCCAGACCCUUCACAGCUACCACCCCGGUCUUCUGGACCACCUAUUAUCCACUCCUCAAUGACUGGACUCAGUCCUGGUCAUCAUCUAGUCCAGACUACUUCAGUCAGUGAGCAGAGACAAGAUGACAUCUCUUCAUUGGGGGUGGAUGACCAGGAGGAUUCUCUUGGACUGGAGGAACUGUGCAAACCUCUGUACUGCAAACUCUGCAAUGUUACACUCAACUCGGCUCAGCAGGCUCAGGCUCACUACCAGGGAAAGAACCACGGUAAAAAGUUGAGAAACUUCUACGCUGGCAGUCAACAGCCACCAGCCAUUAGGAUCCCAGAUGUCCUUGAUGGGACUGGACAGACUGGGCUCAACUCAGGAUCCAGUGACAGUGAUGCAGGCAGACAGGCGCUGUAUAAGGGGGCGACCCGGGUCAUCUUAGCCACUGAGAACGACUAUUGUAAGCUGUGUGACGCCUCCUUCAGUUCACCAGCAGUUGCACAGGCCCAUUACCAGGGCAAGAACCAUGCUAAGAAACUUCGACUCGCAGAAGCCCAACAGAACUCCACUAACAUGGACGGUAACAGUGAAGCAGCCACAAGGAGAAGCAGGAAAGAUGGCAGUGAGUACAAGCUGGUGAAAAACCGUCGCAGCCCACAGCUUCCUGCUGCCAUGCCAGGGCCGUACUACAACCCCAGACCGAGGCAGCGUAUCCCCCGGGACCUGGCCAUGUGUGUGACUCCUAGUGGACAGUUCUACUGCUCCAUGUGCAACUGUGGAGCUGAGCAGGAGACGGACUUCAGGCAGCAUCUGGAGAGCAAGCAGCACAAAGCCAAAGUUUCGGAGUUGAGGUACCGCCAUGAGAUGGAGAACCUGGGCUACAGCUAAAGGGACACACAGACGAGGAAGUGGGGCGUGGCUUUUGUACUUAAGUCAGUCUUUGGCUCAGCUUCCAGCCGAGGUUUUGAGUGGGUUGGCUUCCAACAGGAUAUGUGUAAAUACAAAUGAAUUGAGGGGAAAUCUCCAGCGUGUUUUGGCUUCAGGAAGUGACAAGCGGCGCACAGGGACUGAAGAGGACAAAAGGUACAAGAUACAUGAGCAAAGUGAGAAAAAAAGUCCUUAGUGUAGAUGUGAAUGGAAGGAGGAAAAGCCAGAGAAACAAAGAGAGAACAUUUCUCACCCUUGCAUUUGAGAUAAAACACCCUACAAAGGGAUUUCUAGAAGCCCUGCAGCAGGGACCAUCUUUAGAAGGAGAGAGAGAGGCGAUAAAAUGU